CUUUUCAAACGUCAAAAACAUGCUGCUCGAAUUGUCAAAUAACGGCAUCCAAUAAUUAGCUCUAUUACUAUAGGGUUAAAGUACUUUUUUCAAUAAUGUAGAUUAAAAAAAGUUGAUGUGUUUAUUGGUAUUUACGUGCAGUUUGUUUAAUUUUUCGAGUCGUUUUUAUUGCUUUUAAACAAAUAAACAAUGUCAAAUAAUGAAGACGGUCCUCAGCCACCGGUGAAGCGAUAUAGAAGAGAGGAGAAAUCUUCGGAAUCCGAAGAAGACGUAGAUAAUUACGAACCCUAUGUUCCUGUUAAAGAAAGGAAGAAACAAAAGUUGUUGAAGCUAGGGAGACUGGGCCAGUUGGCCGCUGAGGCAUCCGCAGAACAGAAGAGCUCCAGUGACAACGACCCGGAUGAUGAAACGUCACAAGAGGAAUGGGGUCGUCGUUACAACGUAUCUCUAUUGGACCAGCACAGCGAGCUCAAGAGGCUGGCCGAAGCCAGGGCGUUGUCGGCUGCGGAGCGGCAGGCUCGCGAGGAGCAGCACAUCUUGGAGAGUGUGGCGCAGAGUAAAGCGCUGAUGGGUGUGGCAGAGUUGGCUAAAGGUAUUCAAUACGAAGACCCUAUAAAGACCUCGUGGCGUCCGCCGCGCUGCAUACUAGACUUACCGGAGGAAAGACAUGAGAGAGUGAGACAGGAACUGCGAAUAUUAGUGGAGGGGGAGGAUGUUCCGCCGCCUAUUAAGACGUUCCAGCACAUGAAGUUCCCUAAAGGUAUCUUGAGAGGUCUGGAAGCUAAGGGCAUUAAACAACCAACUCCGAUCCAAGUUCAAGGCAUGCCAGCAGUUCUGGGCGGGCGGGACAUGAUCGGUAUAGCCUUCACCGGGUCAGGGAAGACGUUGGUCUUCACUUUACCCCUGCUGAUGUUUUGUCUGGAACAGGAAACCAAGAUGCCUUUUAUUAGGAACGAAGGUCCUUACGGCCUUAUAAUAUGCCCUUCCCGCGAGUUGGCCAAACAGACCCAUGACAUCAUCCAACAUUUCGUCAAACAUUUGAAGAUGAGCGGCGCUCCGGAACUAAGGAGUUGUCUGGCCAUUGGAGGUGUCGCCGUGUCCGAAUGUAUGGAAGUCGUACAAAGAGGGGUCCAUAUAAUGGUGGCCACUCCGGGCAGACUUAUGGAUAUGCUGGACAAGAAAAUGGUGCGUUUAAACGUCUGCCGCUAUCUAUGCAUGGACGAAGCGGAUCGUAUGAUCGACAUGGGUUUCGAAGAGGACGUGAGAACUAUAUUCUCUUACUUCGCCGGCCAACGGCAGACUUUGCUGUUCAGCGCUACCAUGCCUAGGAAGAUACAGAACUUUGCAAGGUCAGCACUCGUAAUGCCCGUGACAGUGAACGUGGGUCGCGCUGGCGCCGCCUCACUCAACGUGCGACAAGAGUUGGAGCCCGUGAAGGCUGAAGCUCGCACCGUCCAUCUCCUACAAUGUCUACAGAAGACACCACCACCUGUUCUGGUGUUCGCUGAAAGAAAACAAGAUGUGGACGCCAUACAUGAGUACUUGCUGCUUAAAGGUGUGGAAGCAGUUGCCAUCCACGGUGGUAAAGACCAGGAGGAGAGGUCCAGAGCCGUGGAAGCCUUCAGGAGAGGAGAGAAGGAUGUACUGGUAGCCACUGAUGUAGCUAGCAAAGGCUUGGAUUUCCCCAACAUCCAGCACGUAAUUAACUACGAUAUGCCGGAAGACAUCGAAAACUACGUUCAUCGUAUCGGUCGUACGGGGCGCGCCGAUACAGGGGGCGUGGCGACAACCCUACUGGGCAGGGCUGCCGACACCAGCGUGCUGAGGGACCUGGCGCAUCUGCUUACCGAGGCGGGCCAGAAGGUCCCGUCGUUCCUGCUGGACAUGAUAGGGGAGCCCGACGUGCCCCAGGCCGACGGGCAGGGCUGCUCCUACUGCGGCGGGCUGGGGCACCGGAUCACAGAAUGUCCCAAAUUGGAGGCUGUGCAAAACAAGCAAGCAUCGAAUAUUGGACGCAGAGACUAUUUGGCGAACACAGCUGCCGAUUAUUAAAGGACAAUCAUAUACUAAAGAAGAAGAAGAAGCAGAGUCGACUUAGUCGACUUCAAGCACGAACUUAGACAGUACCCUUAGCACGAACCAAUAUAAAUAAAUAUUUCCAACACUCA